AUGGCACAAAUUAGGUCAAAAAAAGGAAAUUAUCGUGCUACUGUUUUAGUAUCUGCCGAUAUAAUGCUUUCUAUUGUGUGCAUUAGCACGUAUUUUAUUGAUUGCGAAUUGAAUUUCAUCUCACUUUUCUUCAUGGAAACAUUGAAUAUUCCACAUAUUCAUCUAGGAAUAUAUAACUCCAAACUAACUUGUUUCCGCAGUAUCUUUAUAAUUCUAGGUUGUUUGACUGAAUAUGGUAUUUACAAGAUAUGCAAUAGAUUUAAAUUAGAAGAAAAGCAUCCGAAAUAUAGAGAAGGUCUUAGCGUAUUUUUUUUAUUUGCAUUGUGUGUGGUAAGAAUAAUUCUUACCUUGAUAUUAUAUUUCUCUAAGCAACUGCGAUUACAUUUAUACAUAAUUUUAAACGUUGAAGCCUUUUAUUUUGGAAUUUUCCAAACUUCUUUGAUCUCUUUAGCAAUGGAUCACUCCGGAGAUAUUAAAUUAAUCAAUUACCUUUUAUCAACAACAAUAAAACUUAUUCAAUUAAGGAUUAAUAGAUCAGAAUCAAAUAAACCAAUGUUAUUUCUUAAAAUCAAUUUCUUUAUUUGUAUAGGACUUUCUAUUAUUUCAUUGAUCAUGUGGCCUGUUUAUUUAUUUCGUUUGCAUAAACCGCUGUAUCAAUACGAUGAAUAUAUACUUUUUGUUAAAACUAGGAUAAAUACAAUAAUUUUACAUUCAGAAGAGUGUAUUGAAAUUCUAAAUGAUGUUAAAAAGUUGAUGGAAAAAAUUAAUAUGACGGAAUGCGAUGAAAAAAAUAAAAAUGGUGGUGGAACCGGUUCAACAACAGGUGGUCAAAAAGAUUCAAACAAUGGGAAAGAUUCAAGAAGAACUGAAAAUGGAGAGAGUGAAAAUAUUGAUGAACAAGGAUCAAAAAAACAAGGUGAACAUUCAGAAACUACUGAUGAUGAUAUUGAUGAUGUAAUUAUUACAACAACUGAAAAACAGGACUCAAACGGAGUUGAUAAUUCAACUACAAAUGCAAGUGGAAGAAAGAAUGGAGAUAUUGAAAUUAGUGAUGGAAAAGAUUCAAAAAUAGAUGAUGAAUAUUCAGAGAAAGAUACUUAUUCAAACGAAUCUAAAGAUACAGAAUCUGAUCCUGAUGAUGAAAUCGGUUCUGGAAAUCGAGAAGAUUCAGAAAAUGAGAGUCAAUCAGAUGAAACUGAUCAUGGAGAAACUGAUGAUGAGGAAGAAGAAAUUGAUGAAGAAAUUAAUUCAAAGAGUGGAGAAAACGAUUCCGAAAACGAGAAAUAUUCAAGUGAACCUGAAAAUGAAGAACCAAACGAAACUGAAGAUGACAAUGAUGAAGAUUCAGAAAGUGAAACAAACACAACUGAAGAUAAGGAAGAAAGUGAAGAUGAAAUUGUUGAGGAAAGUACUUCAACAGAGGAAGAAGAUUCAAACAAUGAGAAAAAUUCAGCUACAGUUGAAAAUGGAGAGAGUGAAAAUAUUGAUGAACAAGGUUCAAAAAACCCAGGUGAACAUUCAGAAACUACUGAUGAUGAUAUUGAUGAUGUAAUUAUUACAACAACUGAAAAACAGGACUCAAACGGAGUUGAUAAUUCAAAUAAAACCAAAAAUAAAGAAAUGUGUGUAGAUAAUAAAUUAAUAACUGAAGUAUUUGUUCUGUUGAAUGAGAUGAAUGAUUCUAAAUUGUAUUAUACAGCAACAAAUAUUAUGAAUAAAAAUAGUCAUAUGGAAUUUGAUCCUAGAAAACACAAGGAAUUUUAUGAGUUAAGUAAAAAAGAGAUCGAAUUAUUACUUGAUGUAGGUGGUAAAAUAAGAGUUUAUCAAUCAGGUAUAAAAAGACUAAGAAAAAAAAUGAAUUGGAAAAGUCAUGAAAUAAAGGAAAAUUUAAAUAAUUUAAAAAUAGAAACAAAUAAAGCACUCGAUUAUAUUAAAAAAUUAAACCAGGCUUCAAAAAAUUUUAAUGAGCAAAUCAAAAAAAUUGCUCAUAAAAACCUUAAAUGGGCACUAUCUACUAUGUUAAUGAUUAUACCAACUACAAUAAUAUUUUAUUUUCUAUUUGACGGAGUACUUCCUCAUGCAAUUAUAAUUGAUGAAGAGUCAAAACACAUUGUAGUCAUGACAUCAUUAGCUGAUUUUUUGGGUACUAUGCCUCCAGUUGUUAUGACAUCGAAAAAACAUGAAUAUAGAUAUUGGACUUGGGAAAAUUCUUGUUUUUGGAUUGCGGUGAUACCACAAAUUGCCGUUUUAGUCUCUGCUAUUUUAGCUAUACAUUCUAAAAUAAGUUAUUUCAAGUUCAUAAUUGAUGUACCUUUUAUAGUUUUAGUGAUGUGUACAAUUUUGGGUAUUUGUCAUGGCUUAAUGGAAUCGACCAGUUUUUUCUCAAUUACAAAUCACGUUCAUUUUCAUUCAGCAGAUCCAGACGAUAUUUAUCUGGUUAUAAUUCAAAUUGUCUUAAGAAUAUAUUUAAAAUAUAUUUCUUUAAAGCUGUCAGCAUGUUACAACGAGGCUAGAAUUAGUUUGGGAUUUUUCCGUCCAGAUUUUUACACAUUCCUAGAAGUGGGAUCCCUAGAAGCAUUCAUGAUCACUGUGAAAGAAACAUUUAGGCGCUUCUUUUUCGAUCUUUUCUUUGAUAUCAGAGUUAAUAUAAAUCAAUUCAUCUAA